AUGAGAGUGGGGCUGAUUGACUGGGCCGGGAGCUACCUGUCCAACGAGUGCUUCCGGGAUGGCGUCACUGCCCUGGGAAAGACAUUGGGCAGGAAACAGACCUGGGAGCUGCGGGUGAGCCAGAAAUGCGGGAAGCAAGUGGUGGUGGAGCUGCUGGGACACCAAGGCCACCACUUGCUGGUGGACCCCGACGGCGGGGUCCGGUGCGGGCACCCCGCCACCCCGGGGCAAAGCCAGUUCCUGCUGCAGCUGCACGGGGACGGCGCCUGGACCCUGCAGCAGCUGGACGGCGGCAAGUUCCUGGAGUCGGACGGGGAGAACGUGCUCUGUGUGUCCCACCAGCCCCGCGCCCCCCGCCACCUGUGGCUGCCCCAGCCGGCCAUCCAUGCCCACGUGGCGCUGUAUCCCCCUGCCAGCCGGUGCUACGCCCGUGCUGAUCCCCAUGUGGACCAGGUGUGGGUGGCCCAGCCCGUGCCCUCCGGCCAGGAGUGUGGCUUUGUGCUGCGCUUCCGUGGCAGCCUGUGCCACGUGGAGACGGCUGCCCACACGUAUGUGUCCCGGGCGGAGAAGCUGGCCCCGCAGCCCUCGGCGGACACUGCGUUCCGCCUCAGCCUGGUGCCCGGGGGCCUGGCCAGCCUGAGCCACCCCGACGGGCGCGUGCUGUGCCCCCAGGGCGGGCGACGGCUCCUAGGCCUCGUGGACCAGCCCUCGGAAGAAGACAGGUGGUUCGUGCUGAAGAGGUGCCCCACAUGGGUCAGCCUGCGAACCCAGGCCAGGAGAUACGUGUCCAUCAUCUGCGACACAGAAGUGUACGCCGGCACUGACAAAGUGACACCCAAGUCCGUGUUCCUUUACGAGUAUGACCGAGACACCAAGACGGUGCAGUUCAAAGCUAUCAACAACAGCUACCUGGCCCAGAGGAAAUCCAAGAGCAUCGUGGCCAAUGGGCUGCGCAUGGAGCCGGAGACCAACUUCCGCAUCACCUGGCACCACGGGCAGGUCGUCCUGCAAGCUUUCAAUGGCCGGUACUUGGGCACCCUGCCUGUGGGGUUGGUGGUGGCCAGUGCCGCGCAGCCGGGGCCCAACGAGGUGUUUGGGGUGCGCCUGUCCAACCGCCCCUUCCUGGUGCUGCACGGGCGGUACGGCUACGUGGGGAGCUCCGCCUGUCACGAGGCCCUGCAAUGCAACUUGGCGGACCCUGACUGCACUGAGCUGCUGCCCUGCGUGCAGGGCAUCUACCACUUCCAAGCUCAUGGCAGGGGCUUCUGGUCUCUAUCCUCGGACGGCACCUUCAGGACCGGGGGGAAGUUUGCCUUGAACUUCUACCUCGAGAUGCGCGGGAACAAUGUGCUGGCUGUCCUGGCACCCAAUGGCUACUACCUGCGUGGGGACCGGAGCGGGAUGCUGUGGGCAGACGGCGAGGAGGUCACCAGCGAGUGCCUCUGGGAGUUUUAG